AUGAAGGCUGGCCGCGUGGUCCUGUGCCUCUGCCUCAUAGCCCUGGGCUAUGUGUCUGCAAAUGACUUUCAGCAGUGUGCUGCCCCCACGGCCGGCUUCUACCUCGAUUUCGAGUCGGCCCAAGCAUCCCCUGACCCCGCCUUUGCUAGCAGCAUUGCAGCCGCCGACGCCGCCGUAGCCUCCACCAGCCCCACGUCCAGCCCCGCCGCCGCAUCCGCCAGCAAUGCAACCGCCGCGUCCCCGUCCGCGGCGCCCGCCGGCGCGGCCACCUCCGGGCCCGCGCCCGCGCCCUAUGCGGGGCUGCGCCAGCUGGGGCCCCGCAAGGCGGACGCCCCCGAGGUUCAAACGUGCGCGUGCGUGGACGUGGGCCUGAACGACCCGGCCUGCUUCAAGGGGAUCACCAAGUACUGCGAGAUGACAGACCCCAAGGCGAACAUGACCGUGUGCGAGGCGAUGAGCGGCUUCUUCAACAUGCAGAACCUGACGGCGGCCAAGGUCACCACGGAGUUCUUCGUGCGGACCUGCAGGCUGGCGGUGCCAGCCAACCCGGCGCCGUGCGCGUGCCUUGAGGGCCCCAACACAGAAGGCUGCAAGGCUGCCACCCUUCAAGCCUGCUCCCACGCCAGCACGAUCUGCCCCGCGCUAGCGUUUGGCUCGGAGGCCAACCCGACUGCACAGGAUGCAUAUGGAAAGUACAUGGACGCCAACUGUGGCGGGUCAAUGUCUGCCGCCGACGUCGCCAUGAACUUCACGGACAUUACCCUUGCUGACUUCGAGUCAAAGUAUGCCAAGGGCACGAUCGCAGCUCUCGGCGCAAUCACGGGCCUCAAGGCGGGCGCGAUCACGGCGGCGUCGCCUGUCGAAAUCAAGACUGGCAGCCAGAGGGGCUCUCUUUCUGUUGGCGGCGAGCGCAAGCUGCUGCAAUCCAAUAUCAAGGUCAUCACCAAGGUGCUCACCAGCUACCAGGUGCGCAGCUCCCCCAAGGACGCCCCACUGGUCCUGCAGCGCCUGCAGGACGCGGGGGAGGACAACGCCGCCGGCUUGUAUAAGGCCCUCGCCGCCGCCGGCGUGCCCCUGCGCCCGUCGUUCCGCGUCGCGCACGGCGCGGUGGUCAACGGCGUCAAGGUGCGCGUGGGCAGCUACACGGCCAGCACAGAGGGCGGCCUUGACGCGGGCGCGGUCGCAGGCAUCGCGGUCGGCUGCGCCGCGCUCGCCGCACUGCUGGCGGUCGGGGUGACGCUUGUUAUUCUGAAGCGGCGUCAGGUGGCCAGGGGCAAGCGCCUUGGGCAGCAGCAGCAGCAGCAGCAGCAGCAGCACCAGCAGGAUCAGCAAGGCGGCGGCGGCGCAAGCAGCAUCAAGGAUGCGAGCGUUGAGUCUGGAAAGGCUGGCGGCACUCCCACCAAGGUGGUUGGCGUUUCGGCUGCAGCCGGGCCAACCGCGGUGGGUGAGAGCGCGCGUGCCGCUGCGGCAGAGGCGGAGGCGUCGGCCAAGAAGGCCGCGGCAGACACUGCGGCCGCCUCAGCUAAGCUGGCCGCAAUUCAGGCCAAAGCUGCCGCCAAACAGGCCGCCGCCGACGCUGAGGCGGCCGCAGCAAAAAAGGCGGCUGCAGACGCUGAGGCCGCCGCCGUCGCAGCGCUCGCGAAGCGCGCAGCCGCGGAGGCCGAGGCGGCGGCGGCGCAGGCGGCGGUGCAUGCGGCUGCGAGGGUCGCUGCGCAGGCGCGGGCCGUGGCGGAGGCAAGUGAGGCGAGGUCUGCUGAUGAGUACGAGGAGGACUGCCCUGUGCCGGCGCCGGCCCCUGCAGAGGUCAAGCCGAAGCGCAAGCAGAUGUUCUCGCUGACCGCCUCUGGCUGGCGAACCAAUGCUUGA